GUCGGACUGAGGCUGCAUGCGCUUUCCGGUCCAGUCUGGAGAUCAGUUUGCAGGGGCCGCCCAUAGGAGACCAUUGUCAAACUCCUUGCCCCUCACAGUGACAAAUCAAAACCUUGUUGGUUUGCACAGGGGAACAGGGUCAGUGCUUGAGACCUAUUGCUCAAAGGGUGGUGCAUUGUCCAUUUCUCCAGCAAAAAGCAAGGGCACUCUCUGGACAGCUGCCAUAGUCAGGCGCAGUCAAAAGUUUCCCAUCUUCCAGCUAAGGACUUUGUCAGAGAUGUCGGACGAUCCUCAAGAGGCGGAGGGCAAUGGGGACCCAAAAAUGGCUUCCCGGGACGUCCAGCAGCAGAGCAAGGCGCUUAACUCGAUUACGGACUAUGUUGAGGAGAAAGAGAUGGACGCCUCCAAAGUAAAACAGGCCAUGGAGUCCAUAAAUGCAAGCGAUGCGGCUGACAAACAGGCGCAGCGGUUAAGAGAAAAGGAGCUGGCGGCAGUGAAAGUCAGCCAGUCGGAUUUAGACGUCAUCGUAAACGAACUAGAGCUCGACAAAAAGGAGGCCGAAAGGAUUCUUCGAGAGCAUAAAGGGGAUGCUGUAGCGGCACUUCGAUCCUAUAUUCAAUAGUAGCUGUUCAAGUUUCAACGUACGUGCAUUCGGGAGGUUCAGAAAGAAUCAUCGCUCACUUCUUGGCUGAAGGAUUACAGCGGGUCCCGAGGGGCAGGCUUGCAAGGGAUGUGUGCGCGCCAGUGCUUCAACAGUGCUCUCACAUGCCCAGCAUGCAUGAAUUGUUGUGGCUUGUAAUUGAAUCCAGUCAAAAGGCAGAAAAAAGAACAUUGUCUCUGCGAUGCCGUAUAUGGCUAUUCCAAUGUUGCCAGA